CUUACUAAAUACGUAGAUAGGUCAGUGGUGAGCGUAGAUUGUAUAUAGUGCAACGCGAGUGUAGCUUAGAAACUCUCAGACAUGGACAACCGAUGUCUGCACCGGGUUACGUCAGAAAAUCAGGAGCAUCCUGUCUAUUCUGGCGGCUAUCUGGAGAACUCAUACGUCGACAACAGGCACCCGUCUGCGGCUCCUGAACCGACUCAGUGUUUUCCUUCGCUGGGACUACAGCCGGAUCACGCCGCUCCGCCAUGGACUUCUUCACCAGGAUUUGUCGCUCGCAAUUUCUUUGCGCCGUCUACCAGAGAAGAGGCUUUGGGAGUGUAUCGCUUUGACAUUCCAUAUGCAUUUGACCCCUCCGUCCCCCCGCCUUCCUUCGGCUGCCCUCCACCUAGGCACUUGGUGAACAUAGUACCUUCCGCCACGUUAAACGCGUUUAGCAGCCUCCCGCAGCCUAGAGUUGGACCUCCUGCCACCUCCGAUGGUUUCCGGUCAGUGUUAGAUUCCGAUGAGAAUCGGCAGCAGCAAUAUGAAGCUUACCGUGACCGGGUACGGGUCGUGGACCUGAGAAUGAAAACAAAAACCGCCCUUCAGAGGAAGCAGGAUACACAGUGGUUCUGGCGGUUCUGUCAGAGCAGGGUUAAACUUUCUAAUACCACUAAGAUCCAGCAGCAGCAUCGCCUCCCCCGCUGUGACCAUGUCCUGAGAGAGUCUUUGUAUGGAGCAGUUCAGCUAGUUUCAGCGAUUGAAAAAAUGCAUCAUUCUUUGAAAGAUAACGUGGAGAAUGACUGUGUAUGGACAGAGUCACAAUUUACUGUUUUAAAAAUUCAAAGUGAGUUCCAGGAAAUAGUGAAACUGUUCAGUGACAGAGAUUGUUUAAAGAAAUUUAAAGCUAAACUGAGUCGUGUUGCUCAGAGGAGAGCCCGGAGCCUGAGGGCUAGUAACCUGAUGCAGCAGGAGGAGAGAGACCGGUGGGAAGACAUUUCUGAUAAAGAGGCUGCUAUAGACAUAUGGAGGAUGAAGCAGAUAAAUCAAGUACAGGAAAAGAUGAAGGAGCAGGAACUGAAGCUGAAUGCAGACCUUGUCCUCUCUGAGGUGAGGAAAAAACAGGCAGAUGUCAAAAGGAUGCAGGACAUUCUGAGAUCUCUGGAGAAACUGCGCAGGCUAAGGAAAGAGGCAGCAUCCAGGAAAGGUAUCAUCUCAGAGCAAGAAUGUGAUAAGGCAUUCAGCAGUCGGCUGGAGUGGCUGAGGAGUGUGAUGAAAAGACGGACAGUGGUUUACUCGGCAGAGGAAAAAGCUCUGAUGGUGAUGCUGGAAGGAGAGCAGGAGGAGGAGAGGAGGAGAAAGCAGGAGGGACGAGUGAAGGAGGAGAGCGAGACACAGUUAAAGAACAAACAGAGAGUCCAUGCCAUUCUAUUUGGAGAUGAUGAUGUUGAUGCUGUCAUGCAGCCAUUCAGAAAAUACUAUACCCAGGCUCAACGCUCACUGCACGCUUUAAUACAAGUCAGGAGAGAGUGGGAUGUGUUUACGGUUGAAGCGGAUCAUCCUGAUGGAUCUCUGGUUCCUCAGAGCUGGAUCCUCCCAGACCCCCCGUCACACCAGGACUGGGUUUCCACUCUCCACACAUAGUGAGACAGGUCACUGUAUGUACUAUCAAUAAGAGACAGAAUUAAACUCACAGGUGUCAAUCAAAGCUCCCAUCCCUUACCCCUCCUACGGAGGACAUGGAAAUAAGGCAAAUUUAUUUGCAUCACACUGGACUAGCACACUCUAACUGUAUUAAUAAAUACCUAGAAUAAUUCCAUAUACUGUUAGAUAAAGAGAGGCCUUGGUUCUCUUGAAAUAAUGACAAAAUUGAUAAAAUAAGUACCAAGUUUUCAGACCAAAAUUCUGUAUUUCAGACCUAAAAAGUGAUGAUGUGAUAACUGCAGUUAACUCACUGCAGCAUAGUGAGGAGACAAACAGUGUGUUUGUUUUAAUGAUGGCUCUGGACUACCUGAUGAGAUGCAGUAUUAACAAAACCCAAGUGGAGACCAACUAAUAGUGUCAUUCUAUUGUGAUAUUUCUCUCAUACAAAGCUAAAUCCAUUCAUAUAUAUUUUUUAUUUCACGAAUGAACAGGUUAACUUUGGUUGUACCUCCCUAGUUAUUGUUAGUGUAUCUAAACUCAUCUUUACCACCCUAAUACAAUUGUAUUGCAUUGUUUACUAUAGUGGGGUUUUAGCCUCAAUGGUUCCUGUCUUAAAUUUAUCCAGUAAUCUGCCUUUCCUCCCUACAAUUUUUUUUUUUUAGAACCUUGUAACAAGUCUUUAAGUUACUAAUCAACACACCUUGCAGUUUGUCUUAAUUAAGGCGGGGUUCUAUCAUGUUUAAAAUUCCCUUAAGACUCAAUUCUUUUAGCAUAUAAAUUCUGACUGAAAUGGCCAUUUAAAGGUUGUUGUUUUAAUUACCCAGUGCAAUGAGAUGUGUAUAGGUCUAUGCUUCAUUACCUUGCACUAGACAGACAAGUUAUUUUUUCCCUGUGUGUGUGCUUGUAUGAACAUAAGCAAAAUAAAGAUGGUUAAAGACUGA